GCCCGCCGCGUAGCGGACAUGGCGGGCUCCCGGCUCCCGCAGCAGCUCUUCCUCCAGGGCGUGGCCGCCGUCUUCAUGUUCGCCUUCGCUUCCCUCUACAUGCAGAUCCCGGGCCUAUAUGGUGCCGAGGGCAUCCUGCCGGCUCGGAGGACACUGCGGCCGCAGGGCAAGGGGCGCUGGCAGCAGCUGUGGGAGAUGCCGACGCUGCUGUGGGAAGUGCCGAGGCUGGGGCUGGACACCGCGCAGGGCCUGGAGCUGCUGAGCCUGCUGGGGACGCUGCUGGCCCUGGGCGCACUGCUGCUGCGCCCGCUGCGCCACCGCCUCACCUACCUGCUGCUCUGGGCCGCCUACCUGUCAGCCUACCAGGUGGGCCAGGUGUUCCUCUAUUUCCAGUGGGAUUCCCUGCUCCUGGAGACUGGCUUCCUGGCUGUGCUGGUAGCCCCGCUGAGGCAGACCCCCCUUCGCAAGCAGGCCCCCCAGGGCGGGCCGACAGGAGCCACGCCCCACGAGGACCUCCCCUUUUGGCUAGUGCGCUGGCUGCUGUUUCGGCUCAUGUUUGCCUCGGGCGUGGUCAAGCUGACCAGCCGCUGCCCCGCAUGGUGGGGGCUCACCGCCCUCACCUACCACUAUGAGACGCAGUGCCUGCCCACACCCGCUGCCUGGUUCGCCCACCACCUGCCCGUCUGGCUGCAGAGGCUCAGCGUGGCAGCCACCUUCCUCAUCGAGAUUGCGGUGCCACCUCUGUUCUUCGCCCCGCUCCGCCGCGUGCGCUUGGCAGCCUUUUACUCCCAGGUCCUGCUGCAAGUCCUGAUCAUCAUCACGGGUAACUACAACUUCUUUAACCUGCUCACCCUGGUGCUCUGCACCUCCCUGCUGGACGACAAGCACCUGGGUGUGGAGCGGGGCCGUGGCCGCCGCACAAAGAUGCCCACCUCCUGGCCCAAGGCCCUGCUGACCAUGUUGGCCCCCCUGCUGGAGCUGGCCGUCUAUGGCCUGCUGGCCUACGGCACCACCCACUACUUCAGCCUGGAGAUGGACUGGGAGCAGCGCGCCAUCCACUCCAGAACCAAUUUCACCUUUCACCAAUUCUCCCAGUGGCUGAAGGCAGUGACCCUGCCCACCAUGUGGCUGGGCGGGGCCUCCCUCACCUGGGAGCUGCUGACUGCCCUCUGGAGGUGGACACAGGUGCGUGGGUGGCUGUGGAAGCUCUGGUCUGCGGUCCAGCUGUCCAUCUUUGGCAUGGCCACAGUGGCCUUAUUCACUGUCAGCCUGGUACCCUACUCCUACAUGGAGCCGGGCACCCACGGGCGCCUCUGGACCGGGGCCCAUCGCCUCUUUGGUGCCGUGGAGCACCUGCAGCUGGCCAACUCCUAUGGCCUCUUCCGCCGGAUGACCGGUCUGGGUGGGCGGCCCGAGGUGGUGCUGGAGGGCAGCUACGACGGACACCACUGGACGGAGAUCGAGUUCAUGUACAAACCCGGGAACACGAGCCGGCCACCGCCCAUCGUGACGCCUCACCAACCGCGCCUCGACUGGCAGAUGUGGUUUGCGGCGCUGGGGCCACACACGCACAGCCCCUGGUUCACCGGCCUGGUCCUCCGACUGCUGCAGGGCCAGGAGUCUGUGAUCCGCCUGAUACAGAACGACCUCACCAGGUACCCCUUCCACAAGCAGCCACCCACCUACGUUCGCGCCCAGCGCUAUAAGUACUGGUUCUCGCCACCUGGGGAGCAGCACCAGUGGUGGCACCGUCAGUGGGCAGAGCAGUUCUUCCCACCUGUGGCCCUGGGGGACCCCACGCUGGAGACACUGCUUGCGCAGUUUGGGCUUCAGGACAAGAGCCCACCACGACCCCGCAGCACCAGCAGCCUCCUGCCCCAGGCCCUGCACUGGGUGCGGACCCAGCUGUCUCCCCUGAAGGCCCCCACCCUGCUCUGGGGGCUCCUUGCGGCCGUGGGGGCCAUCAGGGUGGUGCAGGCCCUGCUGGCCCCGAACUCCCCACCCCCCAGCAGGGAGGAAAAACACAAGGCAGCCCCCAAGAAGGAGCCAGGAGCUGCCGGUGAACAGGCCACCCCAGCCCCGGACAGCUGCAGCAGCGGGGCACGGACCCCCCGGCGAAAGAAGUAG